CGAGUGAGACUGCAUCAAACCAGCAAACGGCACCACCGACCGGUUUCACCCACCGUACAAAAUUAUCAGGGCUGAUCGCUGUGACCUCCUCCGUUUUAAAUUUGGGUCACAGAUCCUUGGGGAGCACGCGAGCGAUAGCUCCAACAGUUGUGAAAGAAGGGCGAAGAGUUUCGACACAGCAGGACUGACAUACGAGCAGAAAAAUGGUUGAUUUCGACAAGGUGUUGGACCGGAUCGGCCAUUUCGGUCGCUACCAGGCCCUGUUGUAUCUCAUGGCAUGUUUUCCUAUUUUGUUGAACGGGAUGCAUUUCUUGGCGGUCGUCUUCGUCGGCGAUACGCCCGAGCACUACUGUCGGGUGCCCGGUGACUUGCAGCCGCAGAACAUGGAGAGGAUUUACGGUACGGACACCUGGAACAACGUCAUGAACAUGACUAUCCCCAGAGAGAAGUCGGACGACGGGAAUAUGGUAUACAGCCAAUGUGAAAGGUACACUUCUCCCGGAGAUAAUACGUCCAAACAGCCCUGUGAUGACGGAUGGAUCUACAGCAAGGACCAGUACGAGUCAACAGUUGUCAUGACGUGGGACUUGGUAUGUGACCGGAAAUGGAUGUCUCGUUUGAACCAGGCAAUCUUCAUGAUGGGCGUCAUGUCCGGUGCAGUGGUGUUCGGGAACUUGGCUGACAGGUUUGGCCGGAGAAAGAUCUUCAUCGUGUGUAUGGUCGGUGAGUGCUUGUCCGGUAUUGUGAACGCGUUCCUACCGAACUACGGAGCCUGGCUAUUCUUCAGAUUCUUGGUCGGCUUCACUUCCAACGGGAGUUACGUGGUUAGAGCAAUAUCGCAUUUCAUCAUUCGUUCUGCUCAUUCCACAGUUAUGGAGAUCGUAGGAGCUACGAGACGAACCAUUUGCGGGAUCUUUGUUCAGAUGUGGUUUGCUGGAGGCAUCAUGCUGUUGUCACUUCUAGCCUACUUCAUAAGAGACUGGCAAAUGCUGCAGCUAGCUAUGACACUACCGAGUGUCAUUGUCAUUGGAUACUGGUGGUUCUUACCAGAAUCCCCGAGGUGGCUUCUAGCCCAGGGACAAAACGAGGAAGCAGCGGAGUUAGUCAGCAAGUACGCGGAAAAGAACGGCGUACAGCUGGAGCCGGGAUUCAUCAGUGAAUCAAUUGAGCUACAUGGACCAAAGGCCACGAAGAGCGAGGACCAACACAGUCACCGAAGUUAUAGCCUUUUGGACCUGGUGCGAACUCCUAAUCUACGGAAAAGGACUCUAAACGUUUGCUUUAACUGGUUCGUGAAUAGCUUGGUGUACUACGGACUAUCUCUCAACACCUCCAACCUGGGAGGCGAUGAUUACAUCAACUCGUUCAUUUCCGGUGCCGUGGAACUUCCGGCCUACGUAGUGACCGUUAUCCUGAUGGAGAGGAUCGGCAGACAGAAGACUCUGUCCGGGUCUAUGGUGGUUGGUGGCAUCGGUUGCUUUUGUACCGUUGCGGUGCCACUCUCUAGGAAAGAUUUGAUCCCUGUUCGCACGACCUUGGCGAUGCUUGGCAAGUUCGGAAUCUCCAUCUCAUUUUCGGUCAUCUACAACUACACUGCUGAACUGUACCCCACAGUGAUCCGGAGCGUUGCGGUUGGUGUGGGGUCCAUGAGCGCCCGGGUCGCAGGAAUCAUCGCUCCGUUCGCCAUCAUGAUCGGCGAUCUGUGGAGCCCGCUACCUCUGCUCAUCUUCGGCGUCAUGUCCCUGGUGGCCGGAGCACUGGCCUUGUUACUACCGGACACCAUGGGCAAACCGCUCAUGCAGACCAUCGAGGAGGCCGAGCAAUUGGGAAAGAAGACGCCAGAAAAUGCAGAGCUCGAAAAUGGGAAACUAGACGGUGUGCCUGCUACGUUAUCCUAGUCACCAGGCUAUAGUUAUGUUUAAGAUACCUACACAUAUGUUCGUAUCUGUACAGUCAAUGUGCCAGAACAAUGUCAUCGGAUUAUGGGCUAUUCUAUUCAAAUAUUAGUCGACCCAAGUGUCAAUGUGAAAUAUCGGUGAUGUAUUGCAACAGAAUUGGAGUAAAAUUAAAACCGACCUUUAUAAAGAGGUGCCUUAGAAAAUAUUGUGCCGCAUUUCUCUUCAAACUGCCACUAUAUGGUUGUAAUACUUCUACGAUUACGUAUCCUCUUUAAUUUCGUUCAUACAUGUUCAGAUUGAUAUUAUAAACGGUGUUUCUCCCCAUUGAAAAUAUACCUCGAACCAUUUUUACAUACAUUGCCAUCGAAUUGCAUUAUCUGAACCAAAUAUAGUCAUAAGUGUGACAUAAGUGUUCUACUUCCUACGUAGCGUCUGUUGCAGAAAGUAUGAUUAAAAGUGUAAAUAUUUAAUAUUAUAAAACAUAAAAGGCCAAAGUUAUCCAUGAAGCAAAAAGGCCAAAGUUAUUGCUAAAAUGGAGAAAACUUGUAGUACACACUUUUACAUUUUCUAUGUACGUCUUGUUAACAAGUAUGAAUAUGUAUGUAUGUAUGUACGUCUAUCAUGUUUGAAAUGGUAUGUUAGUUGAUAUAAUCUGAAUUGGUUAAAUUUUGUAUAAGUAUAGGGGUAAAAUUAAUUUCAAUAUCAAAAGAGGUCAUUAUGUUUAGGAAAGUAAAGUAUAGAAAAUUUCAAUGGAUGUGUAAUAUCAAGUGCAUGCUUCCUAGAGGUUAAUGUUUAUAUUAUUAUGGUGACCUUUGGCUACCCCUAAGCUACCUUCUCAGUGCCUGACUCUAAUGCUCCUGGCCGUAUGGUGGCGCUUUGGCAAGCUAGGAUGUCCCGAACGUGACUGGGUCUAUACCCCCUCGUCUAUGUUAACGCAUGCUUCCGAGUGAACGUUGUUCUUGUAAUGAAAACUAUCAUUUGAAAGUGUAACAAUUAGUCCUUUACGAUUCUGUAUCGUUGUUCAAGCCGCCGCAAUUGUAAUGUGUUGAGUUGAGUCUCGCCACAGCGUUUCUUGUCUUUGUGUGCUGAAGCGACAUCUAUGCAAAGCAUGUGUUACUGCAACGGCGAUUUGCUUGUGCAUUGAGCAACAUACACCUCUAUCUAUACUUCAUACAACAGAGUGAAUGAAAGAAUGUUGUACAUAUUGUUGACUUAUUUGCCUUUUUUAUAUCAAAGGGUAAGAUUGCCUGUAAAAAAGUAAUAGUGUGACUAUUUAUUACAUUAUUUCAUAUGGACAACAGCAUGGUUGCCUCACGUAUGCGCGUUUUUUGCCAUUAAAAGGAUUAUGUAUGAAAUUUA